ACCCACUUCUGAAGCGCUGAGCUAAUCGCAUUUUUCAAAUUCAAGGUUUUUCUUUUUUUCUUUUUUCGUUUGUUUAAAUAGGAGGGCGUUCGUGGGCAAUUCGUACUCCCGAUAAUUCAGAGAGCAUUAAGUUUAUGAAGACGUAACGAGUUGAAUAUGUGCAGGGAGAGAAUGAUCUUCCUCUGAGUCAUAACACAGAUCGCGGAAGAGAAGCACAGACAGCGCUGGAAGCCGCUAAUGCUCAUCAGAUCGCGAAAUUCAGUGGGAAAUGAAUAGAAAUGAUGAUUCUGCCUAAAGAAAAUAUGAAAAGUAUUGUCCAUCUGUAAGUUUACUGAUCAGUGUUGUUAAAGUGUGGCUCCACAAUCAUCAAACUCCUGUCUAAAGGAACUGGACGUGAGUACCAAUAACUUCAGGAGAGAUUCAGGAGUGAAGCUGAAGCACUGAAAAUUUCAAAGUGCCAACUGGAGAAGCUGAGUCUGGAUUAUGUCUUUGAUCAUGGAACUUAGUGGAGAGACCAUGAGUAAAUCAGAACUACAAAAAUAUUUCUGUAAUCUCACACUGGAUCCAAACACGGUACACAAUCGUCUCUCUAUUGUAGAGGGCAACAAAAAGCUGAUAUGUAAUCCAGAACCAAUGUCACAUCCUGAUCAUCCAGAGAGAUUCGACGGCCUUCCACAGGUUCUGUGUAAAGAGCCUCUGACUGGACGCUGUUACUGGGAGGCUGAAUGGAGUGGGUUGGGUGAUAUGGUAGUGUCAUAUAAAGGAAUCAGCAGGAAAGGAGAAGGUAGUGAGUGUAGGUUUGGAGCCAAUGAAAAAUCCUGGAUUCUGAGCUGCUUUGGGGAGAAACUGAUCGCCUGGCAUGAUAAUGUGGGAAAACACAUACCUCCCCCAUCACCUCCCUAUAACAGAGUAGGAGUGUAUCUGGACGAGCCGGCCGGCAUUCUGUCCUUCUACAGCAUCUCUGACACACACGAACUCAGACAUUUAUACACAUUCAACACCACAUUCACUGAACCCCUCUGUGCUGGAUUUGUGCUUUAUACUAAUUCAGUGACUUUGUGUGAUGUUGAACAACAGAAUGAAUAAUUUCUGUUCACUACAAAUUGUCGGAGAGAACAGGAAUCAUGGAGGACACAAGGUUUAUUCUUGCCUAUUUAUUGGGAAAACUUAUUAAAGCCAAAAUGAUAUUUAGUGUUCCAUUCAUUGACAACUAUAUAAAAAUUAAUCACGUUAUCUAUAGUCAGCUUGUUGACAAUUCGGGAAUUUCGGUCAAAUACAGACUUAUUUUUGCCUUGUAUAAAACUUACAACAUGCUUUAAAUGGUUAUUCAUGUGUGUAAAUAUGCACGGUUUAAAGACAAGACGAUGUAGCUUUUGUGGAAAAGACUAAUAAAGAAUUCCAGUCACAGCAGCAAUCAUUUUCCACUUUGCCACACUCUAAAAACUCCUGGGUUAUUUCUUUAACCCUUUUUCUGGGUUAUUUGUGUUGGGUUAAAAUUAUGGGUUAUUUUUGACCCAGGAGUUUUUAGUGUGCAUGUUUAACGAUUAUAGCCUUCCCAACUCAGGUAUAUAAAUUAUCCCCAAGCUUCCCAGUGGUAAAUACGACUUGAGGGGGCAUUCAUGUCCAAUUUUUAACUAGGAAACUCAUGUUCAUGAAUACCAGGUGUAAACGGGGCCCUAAAGACCAUUGUUAAAAAAUGACUGAAAAGGUGUCUCUGAAAAGUUAAGUUAGUGCUAAGAAGAGCUCUAACAUCUCUUGUUUUCUGAUUGCACUUUUGUUAUUUUGUAUUUAAUGCAAUGAAAUUCAGACAUUUUUAAGUGUGACUUAAGUGUUCAAAAACCUUCUGGGACCACUGUAUGCUAUUCCUGUUUUUUUUUUUCUUUUUUCUUAGUUACUAUGACAACUUAAUCACAUUAACACAUAACCUGCUUACAGGGCUAGAUAUAUAACGCUGGUGUCUCAGUAUAUGAUUUUCAGCCGAUGAUUAUGUAGUUUCAAGGGAUACUUAAGAGAUAAGAGAAUGUCUCCAUUUCAAGGGUUUAACGUCACAGGAUGAUGUUGUGAACCUUAUCACUAGAUGAAAUAGUAAGUAGAUAAAAUAGAUAACUAGAUUACAUGCAGUAAAACUCACUUACAUACUGUUUUUCGCCUGCUAUAAAGUAGAGAAGUAUGUGAUUUCAGAUGCAGCCUUGGUGUUUAACAGAUGUAAGGUAACAGACAUAACGGCAUUUGGGGUUGGAUCUGAUAUUCCUGGCAUCCUCGAUCUAACACUUUUGGCAUUGUUGAUGUUGGCAUCACUUUAUAUUUAACUGCUGGUAUUAGAUGAUUUGUUAAUUGCAUUAAAUAGGUUACACUUUCAAUUAAACAUUUGCAAUUGGUUUGUAAAAGGUA